ACGAGCGAAAACAAGUCACAGAAUUUACCCAUCUAAAGUUCUUGUUUUCUUAAAAAAAUAUUAUUUAUUUUUACAACGACUAUAAAAAAUCUAGAUGUAAACUGCUCGUUCUGUGAGGGACACGCUGAAGUUGUGUUUUAUUAACUGAAGUAAUCGCAGCUCUUGUUUCCAGGCUGCUGGUGCCGUGUUUUCCGGGUCAGAGUGGGACGUCUGUCCGCGCCUCUCUCUGAAUCAGCGGGGAUCCUCUCUCAUGUCUCCCCGGACCCCUCGGCUCCUUUCCGGCUGCACAUCUCCGCUUCUCCGGCCGCCUGCUCUCGGCAGGGAUGCUCCGGCUCUGGCUCAAAGCAGCGGUCGUCCUGUGGCUCGCUCCCCGCGCAGAGGGAGGCUCAGCCCGGCUGUACACGGAGCAGGACCCGCUGGUGAUCCUGAGCAGCAGCAGUCUGAAGCCCACCGUCACUAACUCGUCGUCGGCCUGGUUGGUCCAGUUCUACUCGUCCUGGUGCGGACACUGCAUCCAGUACUCCAGCACAUGGAAGGCUCUGGCCCAGGACGUCAAAGCCUGGCAGGAAGUGGUGGGCGUGGCCGUGCUGGACUGCGCUCAGGAGGAAAACUUCGACGUGUGUAAAGAGUUCAGCAUCAAAUUCUACCCGACGUUUAAAUUCUUCAGAGCCCACAGUCCUCCCACAGACACAGGGACCCCUCAUAGAGGUGCAGACAGAGAGAUCCAGUCUGUCCGUCAGCUGAUGAUCAACAUCCUCCAGAACCACACUAGACUGGACUGGCCUCAGCGUUGUCCCCCAUUACGUCCAUACAGUUCUGCUGAGCUGCUGCCUCUGCUGGGUCAAAGGUCCGACCACUACACCGCCAUCAUCGUGGAGGAGCCGGACUCGUACCUGGGACGAGAGGUGAUCCUGGACCUGCUGCAGUACUCAGGGGUCCAGGUGAAGCGGGCUCUGAGCUCAGAGCUCCCCCUGCUGGACGCCCUGAAGAUCACAGCCCUGCCCUCCAUCUACCUGCUGAGGCCCAACGGGACUCACGCUCACCUGCACAGUGAGAAGCGGCAGCGGUUCUUCUUCUCCUCCUUGUUGAGGGCGUUGCCGGGGGUGCAGCGAGUCGGGAGGGGGGACAGCAUCAGUACCGGCGUCGGCCAUGAGGAGGCAGCGGUGGCGCCGUGGAGAGACUUCGACAGGUCGAAGGUGUACCUGGCUGAUCUGGAGUCAGGGCUGCACUACCUGCUGAGGGUGGAACUGGCUACCCACAAUGCACUGGAGGGGGAGGAGCUCAGGGUCUUCAAGGACUUUGUCAUGCUGGUCGCCAAGUUGUAUCCAGGCGGCGUGGGCGGAGCCUCGGUGGUGAAGCUGAUGGAGACGCUCUCUGAUUGGCUGCUGGGUCUGCCGCUGCAACCAAUCCCCUACCAGGCCGUCCUGGACCUGGUCGACAACAAGAUGAGGAUCUCAGACGUGUUCCUGGGGGCGGAGGUUCGCUGGGUUGGUUGCCAGGGCAGCAGGGCGGGGCUUAGAGGGUACCCAUGUUCCCUCUGGACUCUGUUCCACGUUCUGACGGUUCAACACGAGACGUCCCCCCACGCUCUGGACAACACAGGUCUGGAGGUGGAGGCGGCCCCGGUGCUUCAGGUGAUGCGUCGCUACAUCAGGACGUUCUUCGGCUGUGAGGAGUGCGGACGCCACUUUGAGGAGGCGGCGGCUGAAAGUCUGGAGGACGUGAGGAGCAGAGAGGAGGAGGUGCUGUGGCUCUGGAGGCAACACAACAGAGUCAACGACAGACUGGCUGGUUCUCUCAGUGAUGACCCUCUCUUCCCCAAAGCUCCAUGGCCAAGCCCCUCCCUCUGCGCCUCCUGCCAUGAGGAGAGAAAUGGAGUCCACAUCUGGAACCGGGACAAUGUCCUCCUCUUCCUCCGUCACCACUACGGCGUCUCCAACCUCUCCCCCAGAUACUCCCUGACUCCCCCCCGACUCCCUGCUCCUCCCCCUCCUCAGCCUCAGCAGGAGCAGGGGGGAGGAGGAGCAGGAGGAGCAGGAGGAGGAGGAGCAGGAGGAGGAGGAGCAGGAGGAGGUGAGGGAGGAGGAGGAGCAGGACUGUGGAUCCUGGGUGUGGGUUUCAACAGUGUGGACAUGUCUCUGUGUGUCGUCCUCUACGUCUCCUCCUGCCUCGUCCUCAUGCUCCUCUUCUUCUUCUUCAAAGUCCGGUCCAGGAGGUGGAAACUCAGACACUCACGGCUCCACGUCUGAGACCGGACUAGACCAGACCGGACCGGACCGGACUAGACCAGACCGGACCGGACCGGACUGGACCAGACCGGACUGGACCAGACCAGACCAGACCAGACCAGAGUACAUUAGACUGGACUGGACUCCAGAACCAGAACUGUUCUCUGAACACCAACACGGAGCCAAUCAGCUGUUUAGUACCGCCCACUUUUACUGACUCUGAUCAGCAGAACCAGAACCAGAACCAGACUGGGUCUGGAUUGUAGACCUGGUUGUAGGUCUGGAUUUAUUUAUUGCUGCAGACUCAGACUGGAUCCCCUGAGUCGGACCAGGUUCAUGUCCCAGAAUCCCUCAGGAGGGACACGUCAGAACUGGAUCAUAGAGUUCACAUUGUGCCAAAUGUUUCCUGGUCCUGGAUCUGGAUCUGGACCUGGUCCUGGACCUGGACCUGGUCCUGGAUGAGGUCCAGGUUGUUUACUGUGAUGUCAGCUGAUCUGAUGUAAAUAAAGUUUUAAUCAAUAAAA